AUGAAGGUUGCUGCUGUUCUCGCCUUCGCUUUCCUUGCCCCCAAUGCUGUUUCGGCUUGGAUGUGCAACUGCCGCAACAGAGAGCAACCCAACAUCAAGGUUGCCCUCAAGUUCUGCGGACCUGGCUUGGGUCACACCCGCUGCUGGAACUCGAAGACCAACGUCCAAGCGUGUAUCCUGAACAACCCCAUCACCCAAGCGGAUUGUGACGCAAAGUACGGCGGCAAGGGCGAAUGGGUCGCUGAAUGUGAGCACUACACUGGUCCCUGCCCUCCCGGCAUAGCCCAGCAGUGA